AAGCUGCAGAACCAAACGCCAGUCGAUAUGAUCGUCUCUCGAGAUUCCCAGAACCUGCAAGCACUGAGGAAGAUACUAUUAUCAACAACGGUGAGAGAAAAUACCAAGCGAAAUUAUUGCCCAUCGGUCCGUCAGUUAAAUUCUAUUAUUGAUGAGCGUUUCAAGGAAACAUUUAACGAGAUGUCAUUCGAACUGGUGGAAAACGCUGUCCGAUCAAUGUCCGAUCUUCUUUCUAAAAUGUGAGCUUGGAAAUGCCAGUAAAAUUCUGAAAAGGAACUACGCAGAAAACGCGAAACUGAUAGAGCGCAGUGGUCGAAUCAUUAUUGUCGAAACAUAUUGUGGAUAUCAAACACAGACCUUUAAUCUUCGGACACUAGAGAGGAAGAGAGCAAGAAGUUACUUUCGUCUCUGGUGAAUAACUGUGACUAUGGCGUCAUCAAGCGACCUCAUAUUCUUUGUCAACGGCAGGAAGGUUGUCGUGAGUAACCCCGACCCAGAGAUGACCUUGCUGUUUUACCUGCGCUACAAACUCCAGCUGACAGGUACCAAGUCUGGGUGUGCUGAAGGUGGCUGUGGGGCCUGCACCGUCAUGUUCUCUCGUUUUGAUGUCACACUGAAUGUGAUCAAACACUACGCUGUUAACUCCUGCCUGGCGCCCCUGUGUGCUCUACAUGGGAUAGCAGUGACCACCGUGGAGGGCCUGGGCAGUGUCAAGACCAAGCUGCACCCAAUACAGCGUCAGAUAGCGGAGAACCACGGCUCCCAGUGCGGCUUCUGUACACCGGGGAUUGUCAUGUCCAUGUACGCCUUGCUGAGGAACAGUCCCGAACCAACCAAGAAGCAACUCUAUGACGCUUUUGAUGGAAAUCUGUGUCGGUGCACCGGUUACCGCCCUAUCCUGGAAGGACUGUACCCUUUCACUAAGGAGUUUAGUUGUCCGAUGGGGGAAGACUGCUGUAGGAAUAAAGCAUCUACGUCUUCUUCUUGCGAUGGAGGGACUGUUGACCUGAAUAGUGAGACGCCUGCGACGAAUGGAGAACAGAGUCCGAGACAAGAUAGGUCCAGGCUUCUGUAUGACCCUUCUCAAGAGCCAAUCUUUCCGCCUGAACUGAAGUUGCUUUCACCACAAUUACUCACCCAAAGCCUGCGGUUUGAGACCGCGCGAUGCAAAUGGGUGCGUCCCACAACCUUGACAGAACUGCUGGACAUCAAACAGCAGCACCCAGACUGUAAGCUAGUCACUGGAAACACGGAGAUCGGCAUUGAGACAAAGUUCAAAAAGCGUCAUUACAACGUGCUGGUUAGUCCUGCUUUUGUCCGAGAACUGAGGGAGGUGGCGGUGACCUCCAGCGGGGUCAAGUUCGGCGCGUCCGUCACUCUCACUGAUGUGGAGAAACAUUUGCGGAGACUAAUCGAUGAAUACCCUGAGGAGAAGACGCGCGUUUUUGCUGCUUUUGUCGAGAUGUUGGGCUGGUUUGCUGGGAGACAGAUACGCAAUGUAGCAAGCAUCGGUGGGAAUGUGAUCAAUGCCAGUCCUAUUUCGGAUUUGAAUCCUCUCCUUAUGGCCUGCAAUGCAGAGAUUGAGUUUGCUGCUAAAGAGCACGGCCACCGCACAGUGAGAAUGGACGAUGAUUUCUUCCGCGGCUACAGAAAGACACGACUCAGGCCGAAUGAGAUCCUGGUGUCCAUCACUCUACCCUUCACAACACAGAACGAGUAUUGCUUCGGCUAUAAACAAGCCAACCGUCGGGAAGACGACAUCGCCAUUGUCAACGCGGGAAUGAGAGUGGAUCUGGGCGAGACUGGCACUCACAUCAAAGAGAUCAUGAUCGCUUUUGGCGGCAUGGCGGUCAACACUGUGUUUGCCACACGCACCAUGCAGGCGUUACAGGGGAACAUUAGAAGUAAAGCUUUGAUCAGAGCAUUGGGUUAUCCUGCUAACCAUAUUUCGGUCAAAGUCAAGAGGCUGGGUGGCGGGUUUGGAGGCAAGGAGACCAGGAACGUCAGUGUGCUGUUACCGACUGCCGUGGCUGCCGUGAAAACCAAUCAUCCUGUGCGUUGCAUUCUGGACCGAGAUGAAGACAUGUGCUUGACAGGCACCAGGCACCCGGCCUAUAUCACAUACACGAUCGGCUUCAACCGUAGCGGCAAGAUUCUGGCUUUAGACGCUGACCUGUACCUCAACAUGGGCCACACGCUAGACUUGAGCUAUGCUGUUCUGGAAACAGCCUUGCUGGAAAUUGACAGCGCGUACAACAUUGAGCAUUUCCGGGUCAGGGGUCAUUUGUGCCAGACGAACUUGACCUCCUGCACGGCCUUCCGGGGCUUCGGUGGUCCUCAGGCCAUUAUCAUGGCGGAGAACUGGGUUGGUCACGUGGCCGAUUAUUUGGACAUGUCUCCAGAGAAGGUGCGAGAAGUCAACUUCUACAAGGAAGGCGACAAAAUCCCUUGUGGUCAGGUACUAAAACUGUGCAAUAUUCAGCGUUGUUGGGAAGAGUGCAUUAGGAACAGUGACUUCUGCCAAAGGAAGGAGCAGAUAGAGGCAUACAACAAAGACAACAGAUGGAAAAAAAGGGGGAUUGCUCUGACACCUCUGAAGUAUGGUCUGGCGUUUCUUCUGCAGAGUAUGAACCAGGGUGGUUCGCUCAUCAACAUCUACACAGAUGGCACAGUCCUCCUGACUCAUGGAGGGAUCGAAAUGGGUCAGGGACUACACACCAAGUUGAUACAGGUUGUGAGCCGGGAGCUUGAGCUGCCUGUGACAGACAUUCACGUGAGUGAAACCUCCACCUCCACAGUACCCAACACUGGCCCAACAGCCGCCAGCAUGUCAUCAGAUCUCUACGGCGCAGCCGUCAUAGAUGCUUGCAGAACGCUCAACGAACGUCUUGCUCCGUACAAGAAAGCUUUACCCAAAGGAACGAUGAAAGAAUGGCUGUCGCUGAUGGCAGAUCCAAGAUACGUGAACUGGUGUGCUGCAUCCAGCUCGUUCCUGUUGGUCGUGAUGACAAGUGGAGAGUGGGAUUUCUUCAAACUUCUACAUAUUGUCGGAGAGAAGUCCACGCUGACCACGCAACACAGAAAUUUGCAAGUUGAAAAUAAGUUGGAGGGUAGACAACACUCCAAGUUCAUAAGCCAUCUGUGCGCAUGUGCUGGCACUUGGAAUGGAAUGCAUCACCUCGCCAUUGAGAAUUUUGAGAAAUGCAGACAGCAGUUUACCACAGUUAUUGACAGGCACAUCAUCGACGAUGGAGAUAAUUUCAACAAGCUUCACCUCACAGCGAACAAAUGUCGCAAGUGUCGUAAAACUCUUACUAAAACAAAGAGUUGGGUCAAGCAAAAAUUUAAUCCACGAAAAGUCUUGGAGCCGAGCUGGCCUUUCAUCCAAAUGCUGUAUCUGAUGCAUCGUGGGACGUUUAGACCCGGCAAAAACAAAACGAGCAAAAUGUGGGCGAUUCUAACACGUCUAAAUCAUGUUGGAAAUCUUUUAGCGUUGGGACAUCGCUCUGUGUUUUGCAGGCUCGAUAACGUCUGUCUGGACUGGAGCCAAAAUACAAACAGUCCUUUCAGCUACUUCUCCUUUGGGGCUGCUUGCACUGAAGUGGAAAUUGAUUGCUUGACCGGAGAUCACCUGGUUCUCCGGACCGACAUUGUCAUGGACGUCGGGAAGAGCCUAAACCCAGGCAUUGACGUUGGCCAAAUUGAGGGUGCUUUUAUGCAGGGGUACGGCCUGGUAGCUUUGGAAGACUACAAGGUCUCCCCCGAGGGAAUCCAUCUUUCCCGUGGUCCGGGCAACUACAAGAUCCCCUCGUUCGCCAACAUCCCACAAGUCAUGAACGUGGCGCUACUCCGCUGCAGUAAAAACCCAAGGGCAGUCUAUUCUUCUAAGGGAGUGGGAGAGCCGCCGCUGUGUCUGGCUACCUCAGUACUUAUGGCUAUCAAAGCGGCCAUCUCCGCGGCACGAAGACAUGCCGGACACACAGGUCAUUUCCGGCUGGACACACCUGCCACGCCAGACAAAAUCAGGAUGGCCUGUCUGGACCAGUUUGUAGAGAAGUUCCUCGAAGAUGACAAAAGGGACCAAAAGACCCCGUGGAACGUCAAACCGUAAAAAUAACAGGUGGAAUAUCAGAAGGAGCAAAAGGCUAACUUUCGUCUGAAAGUGAACGACAAGGCACAGCCCAGUGUUAACUUUUUUUCAGCAGGCGAAAGUUAAUGUCCUUGGGGAUCUACCGGGUGUUGAGUGUUGACUACAUGACAAGAACUUUUUAAAGUAGGCCUACUCAUACGGGAUUGUGCAUUAGUUGUUGUUCGUAUCCGUAAGUUUAGAACUGGGCCGCUUUAUUAUGUCUUAGUACGCCAUAGGCAGAAGUAGAUCUAGUCCUAGAAACGAAUAUGUACUUAAAUAGGUUGUUUCUGCAUGUUCCUUGUGUAUGUCUAGCAAACUACAGAACGUGUUUGAAGCGCGUGAAGUAUUUCUCCGUGAACGCAAUGUUUACAUCAUCGAUCUAUCAACCUAUCAUCAAUCUAUAGCUUAUUGGUCCAUUCAAGAAGUUUGUCUAUGAAAACGUGGUACGCCUAACAAUACUGCUGAAAACAGGAAAAGGCCGUUGUGUAAUUAUAAACAUACAUAGAAAAAAUGUUAAUGCCUGUAUCUUUCAAACAUUGUUUUAAACAAAAAAUCAUCUUGCCGUAAUCCUUGUCUUCUUGUGAUAAAUGCCAAGGGUCUUAUUCUGGUGUCACUUAUAAGAAGAAUUAUUUUGCUCCUUGUAGUGAAGGCAACACUUCUGUAGUGCCCAGAGCAGAAUGGAAAAGGUGUCAAAAGAAAUUAAAUUCAUGAACUGUGUUGAAAAACAAACAUCGUACUUUGCACCAUCAGGUAACAACUGCAGGUCGGAAAAAAGGCUGCAUCGAUCUUUAUUAUUAUUCUAUGCUUUCUGUAUUGACAGGAUAAUAAGAGAUGGAUUUUAAGGAUAUAUAUGCGUAUAUAUAUUUUGCAAAUGUUGAUUUUAACCAUCAGAAACAUAGACAGCAGCAGCAUUUCCAAAGGUUGACACAAAGCAUCCAGUAAUGUUUGUAUCGUAAUAUUUAAUUUCAAAUAUCAAUGUCGCAUGACUAGAGAGGAAACACGAAAUGGCUUGUCUGUAUUUUAGUUACAAUAUUGAUGUUUAAAUGUUAACACUACACGGGAGCAUUUUUUGUCAACCAUGUAAGGUUUAUUGAAGAGUUAGAACAUUAUUGAUUUGUUUUUUCGAAAGAUGAGAAGAAAUGUAAUAAUUUACGCAGACUCGUGUGUCUGUUUUAGAACGGAAAAGCUGGAUCCGUAUUGUACUUUGUACUGCCGUGUUCGAAAUUUUCUGAGGGGAAAAAAAAACUGAAACGACCUCAGUGCGAAAAAAAAAUAAAGAUCACAACAUUUACAAUAAUAUUUCAUUUUGCCUUUACGGAAAACUCUUUUUAACAGUGAUGUGUUAUACAUUACAGCGACAAACUGUUUCAACAGGAAAUGUUUGGCAAAGUCAUUACCGAUAUAUAACUUAACUUGGGAGUUUCUUUCACAUUUCUCCAUUUGUCUGUCACAACAUGGUAUGAGUCCAGUAACGCAAAAACAUCCUUAAAUGCUCCAUCACAUAUGUUUAGAAUGCCCACUGUUCUCAUACUGGUGAGUCCAUCAGUUGACAACUCCCUUUCUAGUAAAUGUAUGGGUCCAUCUUUAACAAGAUUAAAAUUUGGGGUUCAAAAUCUCAAUCCAGUAGCCGUCGGGAUCCUGAAUGAAAGCCAAACCUUUCAUUUUUCCUGAAAAAAGGACAGAGAAAAUCAAAAAAAAUUAAUGACAUCUCUCUGAAAUUUAUAAAAAUAAGUAUAGAGUUGUAUCAAAGUCGGAAAUAAAGAGACAGAAAGGUUUGAAACUAAAGAAUUCUGAAAAGUGACAUCAAAAUAUUGAUCGCAGAACUUUGUACUGGAAAACACAAUCUUCCUCGAACAUUACCAAUUGGGAAAUUAUCACGCACAUCAUACCUCGAGGAUAUAAGGCUACUAAGUUUCUAAACUGACAAGUAGAAGACAGUAUAAUUGAUUAUGCGGUUCAUUAUACAGAAACGUUGUUCUUGUCUCUCGAAAUAUGAUUUUAAAAAGUAUAAUUGGAGUGCUAUCUUAUUGUGUCUCCAUGUUUAGAUCCUGCCAAGAUUUUACCCCGGUGAGAAAGGUGGGUUUUUAAAAAAGCUAUGUUUUACAGUGAAAAUAAUCCGGAUUGAUGCCUCUAUUUCUGAGAUAUUUCGUGUCAUUCUGAAGUGUCGCCACUUAGCUUGGCUCUAGCUCAGUGCUAUCUUGUAAGAACUGCAAAAUAGCCAAUGGAAUUUCAGCACUGAAAUUCUUCGUUUUGUCUAUCUCCACAGAAAUCGGAACCGUUUGCUCAGAGCUAUCUUAUCAUAGCUUCAUUGUGUCCAAGUCUUUGGGCACACCAAGCAUUAGGCCACUUACAGCCUUAAUCGCAAAAAGAGAAUUGGGAAUUAUUCCUCCCCCUGCCCGAGUAAAGCAAAAAGGGUAUAUUUGAAUGGUAUUACAAAGGAAAAUAUAAUAUUAAACGAGGCAAAAUGAAAAAAACAAAAAACAAAAAGGGUAUAGACCUAGACCUAUAUUCAGUAAGCUAGUGAGAUCUCUCGGUAGUGCAAGUUUUCCUUAAAACAAAUCCAUGGUUAUCACGAAGAGCAUAGAUUUAUCAAAAAUCGAAACUAGUAAUAUUUUACAACUGACAAGACAGCAUCAAACGGAAGUUGCUGUUUUGUUCGAAAAAAAACCUCUCUCCAAACACGAUUUUGGGGUUUAUUCUGCACUAGAUGCUAUAUAAGUGUGUGAAUAACAUAAUCUGUAAUUAGUUUUAGACCCAGUGUCCUUGCAGACGUCCAUGUAAAGCAAGGGGUUUCGGCAUUCGAUAUAGAUUCCGUGAGCCUGUAAGCCUUCGAACUGGUGUUAGGGUCUACUCAAAAUAGAGAGCACUGGGCUCACGAUAUCCUAGACAGAGCAGAAAAGAACCAAGCAUGUGGAUCAAAACUUGUCUCACCUCCAUCAGGUUUCUUGAUGAAAGGCACCCCAAGCUUUUCAAAUCUUUCACAGGCUUUGUACACAUCAGGGACGACAAUGCCUAUGUGGCCUAUCGAGACGAAAAAAAAAAGCAAAAUGAACUUCAUCAUUUAUUUCACCAAAGGUAAAAUGUUAUGGUUAGAGAAAGCUUGGCCUCCUUUCUUUAAAAAAAAAAGCUGUCAACCAGAACCACACAAUACAUGAAAACAUUCUUCGAAAUGCUUUCACUCACACCUCAGUGUUAGACAAGCAAACACAGAAGACUCGAGGAUACAUUUUAUUUGUAAUAGCAAAAGCUUCAAUUAUACCUGUUUCUUACUCAAAAUUAGCUUUCCCCACCUUCCAUGACAGCACAACCUUUCAUGGGAUCUAAAUUAAGAUUUUGACUUCCUAGGUAGUUUUCAUUCAAUAUCUAUUGUGCACGAUUGUCAAUGAAAGGUCUGGUAUUCUAUCCUUGUCUUCAGUAUAAAAAGAACACUGUAUUUGGAGAAACGCGAUGCCUAAAACAGUUUCCACGAUGAAACUCUUUAUUGUGAUACAUGGCUGGAUACCUAGAAAAGAACAAGAAUUCUGUCAUUUUUAAAGAAAACAAAAUAAAACACACAAAAAACGUUGAAAAGUUAAUAAUGACUUCAAAGGCAGGUGUAAUUUUGGGAUUUGCCGCCACUGGCCCACUUCAUCUUUCAAAAUUCAGACACAGUGAUGGAUAUCAAACGAUUAAUAUACUCUAAAUGUGCACUUGCACGUUUGUAAAACUUUACAUAUUUGAAAGUUAAAUACUUCGGUAACAAACCAGUAUAAAUUGUAACUAAAUUUGUUUUUAAAAAUUUGUUUUUGUUUUCUUUUUAAACAUUGUAAAAUUGGAGACAAAAAUAAACGAUUUUAAAAAAUAAAUUAAUGUGUAUACAUCAUGA